GAACCUUUGAAUCGAGUAUUCGGGCCAACAGGGGAGAGCACCGGAGGCGACUUGUCAGGACUGUCUGGAAACAGGAAAGGAAGAGGAGGAGCCAGGAUCCAUGGCGGCGCUGGUUGCUGUUUGCAGUGGUCUAGGGAGGAAAAAGUUGGCGUACUUCAUAAAGCCAGCUCUCUGCCUCAGAGAUUCUAAGGCUCACGCGGUGCUGUGGAGAACUUGUUCACAAUAUACGCAGGUAGCCAGCAAUGAGGACCUGCCCAUUCCAAUGGAAAAUCCUUAUAAAGAGCCUCUUAAAAAGUGUAUCUUGUGUGGAAAACGUGUAGAUUAUAAGAAUGUACAGCUUUUGUCGCAGUUUAUAUCUCCAUUUACUGGAUGCAUUUAUGGAAGGCACAUAACAGGUCUUUGUGGGAAGAAACAGAAAGAAAUCACAAAAGCAAUUAAGAGAGCUCAAAUAAUGGGGUUUAUGCCAGUUACAUAUAAGGAUCCUGCAUAUCUCAAAGACCCUAAAGUUUGUAACAUCAAGUAUCGGGAGUAAAUUACAUGUCUUACCAUCAAUAAACAUAUUUUACAAUAAA